AACAUUGAAUCACCAUCUUACAUACACUGCAACAUAAACCGGGACCAGCGCUUUACCCACCUCCCUCGUCCUUCGGUGAGCCCUCGGCCCGUGUUACGUCUACACCAGCUCGGGUAGAGAACAACGCUUCAAGCUUCUGGAGACAUUUGGCAUGACAUUUUCUUUCCCUCACAUUGAACCAGCGCAUUGCAAUGGACGUCGCCAUUGUUGUUGUGACAUAAACGGGAGGACGCAUGCGCCAAAACGUCUUCGUAGCCCUUUACUGCCCCGCCCUGGCGCGACAGAUUAUUACACACUGCUGAAACACACGGAGCUCAUGAUGCAAAAAUGAGAGUCAUCGUUUACCAGUAAAAAAAUAAAAAUAAAAAUAAUAACACACUCCCAUCCACUCACACCUCCCCCGCACCCCAGCAGUGUCCUAUCCUCUACUAUCCUCAACUGACAAUACCCUCCUCUAUCACUAACCCUGGAUAGAUCUAUUGUCACUGGCCCGCUCUGACCCCUUUCUUCUCCUCCUCUCACCUCGGUCCUGUCGCCUCCUCUCACUCUUAUUAGCUCUCUUUCUGGCAACGAAUGUCGAUUUCAUUUUUUACAAAUGUCCAUUUCAAUAAAAUAUUCAUUUCUGAUUCAAGUUAAGACUUUGAACUGUUCCAAAGCAAUUCGGUGAUAAAUGACUGUGUUGUAAUCCCCUCCCUAUCCUCCAGUGUAUGAGGUUGAUUGUUGAAAGUGCACCGUGAAGGGGGCUGUGCUGUGCCUGAGUGCAGGCGCACCAGUACCAUCUGUCAGCGCGACUGGACCGGUCUGCUGUGAGGAGGUGGCCGGGGUGGGGAGCUGUCGGCGCUGCCGAGCAUCUUGGGAAAGUCAUUGAGUUCUGGUAAAAAGGAUGAAAACGAUGAGCGGUCACCAGACGCACCGAUGCCAGCUUUGACUGGGGGGACAUCGGCACUCAUCACCGGAGCACUGCGGGCUCUGUGUCUGCCACAGCCGCAGAGCGCACGGCCCCCCGCUGCCUGCUGCCGUCCAGAGCCCCGCACUGCUCUUACCACAGCUCGCUUCACCCUUUCGGUAAUUCAGCCAAUACAAGAGUGCGGGAGGUGUUUUGUCCCCCCGCAGCCGCCGUUGUGAUGGGAGAGAACAUGUCCAAGCGCCUGAAGCUGCUGUCCUCAGACGCAGAGAUGGAGGAGCGCUCUUUCCCAAAUCCAUACCCAAACUGGGACCCAGGCACGGCCAGCUCUCCUGUGGAGGCAGACGCGGACCCCCGGGAGCCCAUCGACGAUGGCAAGAUAAGUGCAUCCUUCCAGAGGAGAGUGCAGAGUAAGAUUAAGGACCUUCUGCAGCAGAUGGAGGAGGGUCUGAAGACUGCAGACCCUCAUGAUUUCUCAGCCUACACUGGAUGGACAGGUAUUGCCCUAUUGUACCUGCAGCUGCACAGGGUGUCAGGAGAGGCAUCUCACUUGCAGAGGGCACUUGACUAUGUGAAAAGGAGUAUGAGGAUCCUUAAUGGGCGCAGAGUGACCUUCCUGUGCGGAGAUGCCGGGCCCCUGGCAGUUGGCGCUGUGGUGCACCACAAACUGGGCAACACUACUGAGAGCAAAGACUGUCUGUCCCGUCUGCUGCAGCUGCAGGCCUCUGUGUUGGGCCCUGAUGGGGAUAUGCCUGAUGAGAUCCUCUAUGGGCGCUCCGGAUACCUCUUUGCUCUGCUCUAUGUCUGCAAAGAGAUUGGAGCUGAGGCUGUUGAUGAGGCCACACUCUCACAGGUGGUGACAUGCAUUGUGGAGUCUGGAAAGAGCUUGUCAGCAGAGCAGAAAAAGUCUGAACGCUGCCCCCUGCUGUACGAAUGGCACAAGAAGCAGUAUGUGGGAGCAGCUCACGGCCUGGCUGGCAUCUACUACAUGCUCCUACAGCCCAGCGCCAAAGUCCACCCUGACAUGUUGGCAGAGCUGGUACGGCCCAGCAUCGAUUACGUCCGCCACAAGAAGUUUCGCUCAGGCAACUUCCCAUCGUCCCUGAGCAAUGAGACAGAUCGUCUGGUACACUGGUGCCAUGGGGCGCCUGGGGUCAUCCAUAUGCUCCUGAUGGCCCACAAGGUGUUUAAAGAGGAGAAGUACCUGAAGGAGGCCUCAGACUGUGCUGAGGUCAUCUGGCAGCGCGGCCUGCUUCGGAAAGGCUACAGCAUCUGUCACGGCACUGCAGGCAAUGGCUACGCCUUCCUCUCCAUGUAUAAAGUCACUCAGGAGCAGAAGUACCUGUACCGGGCCUGUAAGUUUGCAGAGUGGUGUUUGGACUAUGGCACCCAUGGCUGCCGGAUCCCAGACAGACCCUACUCUCUGUUUGAAGGAAUGGCUGGGACCAUCCACUACCUGUCUGAGAUGGCAAACCCUGAAGCAUCUUGUUUCCCGGCCUUUGAGCUCUGAUACUGACUUGGGCCCUCACAGAGGAAGGGCACUUGAUAGAGAAGAGGGCCCUCAGGAGCCAGGAGCCCCUGUUGUGUUGUACCUGGAGGACUGUGGAGCAGCGUGGACUGUAUUGUGUGUUGUCUGUGCUGGCAGCACUGAGGCCAGAGACCCUGGCUGUGCAUGCUCUGUGUAACUGGUGUCUUUUUCAGCUCUGCUCCUCUCAUCAUGAAACACCUGUUUGAACACGACAUGUCCAAUAGCAUGCACAGGGCACAAAGGAUGCUUUGCCUGUUCAGCUUGGCUUCACCACCAUUUUAAUUGACUCUAAAUGCAUUAUUCUCCAUGUGCCUGUUAAUGCAUAGAACUUUGACUCAAAAAUAUUAAUACAAACAAUUGUUUGUAAAAGGGGGUUCUGGACAUAAUUCUUUUUUUUUUUUUUCAUGUAGGCCAUUAAAUAUUUAGUCUGGUCAGCUAAGAAAGUAGGGCUGGCUCCUCAGGUUAUCAGUAUGCAAUAUUCUAGUUGUGAUUGCUGAAGUUUGUUUGGAGUUCUUAUAUUUCUUUCACUGAAUAUCUCGUUUUAGGAUGACAGUGGUUUAGGGUAAAGAUUUCGCCCACAAGUGGAAGGAUGCUGGUUCCAUCUCCCUAAAUUCUAGGUGCAAACUACUGUUCCAUGCAUACUACUAUUAAAGGUACAGGUGCAUGUUUGUUUCUGUACAUGUCAGGAGCAGCAAGAAACUGCAAUUCAGUGCAUGGGGACCCAUCUCCAGAGGUAAAGAGCCUAGAGGACACUGGGGGAAUAUGCAAACUCUUUACAGACCUAGGAGUUGAACCAGCCUGCAGGGGGAAAGAAUGCUUACCCCUUAGCCAUUGUGCCUGGACAUUUUUUCCCCAUUACCUACUCCAAUCUCUAUGUCUGGCUGGUUAGAAGGGUCUCUGAGAUUAAAACUGCCAAACUGAAUAAAGGGAUAAGGAACAGAAGAUUAAAAUAUUAGAAUAUCCUUCACUUUUAGUGACCAUAUUUAUAUGACAUGUUUGUUUAGCAUCCUAAUGAUUCCAAUCUCUUUCUUUUUGACCUCAUGACACGUUUCUGUUGGAGUAAACAGUAAGAGGACUGUACAUGUGUGUUGUACCUCCCUCUGCAGUGUCCUGUCUGUUAUGUAGCUGUGUGUUGUGUGGUGCCGACAGCCCGUGAAUGCACAGACCUCCUGAAUGUGAGUGCAUGCGUCUGAUUGGCCAGCCCUGUAACUAUGCUUCUGUGUCCAUGCAGCCCAAGAAUAAGUAUGUGCUUGUUUCUAUUUCACAUUCUAAGUACCUUUAACAGUUCUCAAAGUGCCAACUAAUAAACUGGUGUUCCUAA